CUAGGCCCUUCGGCUCUGGGCCUUCGUGUCGCUGUCGCGGUUGCCAGGAGAGCGGCGCCGGCGGGGAGCGGCCGAGUCCACCGCAGGUAAUGAUUUUGCAUGACUUUAGAACUAGUCUUUAGUGGAACACUGUGGGAGGAUGAACACAGAAGAAGUGGAGUUAUUGAGUGACUCCAAAUACAGAAACUAUGUAGCCGCAAUUGACAAAGCAUUGAAGAAUUUUGAAUACUCAAGUGAAUGGGCAGAUUUGAUAUCAGCUCUUGGAAAACUUAACAAGGUUUUACAAAACAAUGCAAAGUACCAGGUAGUACCCAAAAAACUGACCAUAGGCAAACGCCUUGCUCAAUGUCUACAUCCAGCAUUACCAGGUGGAGUUCAUCGGAAGGCACUUGAAACAUAUGAAAUUAUCUUCAAAUCAUUGGACCUAAGCGACUUGCCAAAGAUCUUUUUUAUAUAG